AUGACGAUCAAAGUUGGAGAUUCAAUCCCCUCCAUCGAGGCGCUCCAAGAGAGUAAACCUGGAAAUGGAGUUGAUUUGAAGAAGGAGAUUGGAAGUGGUGAUGCGGUUAUUGUUGGUGUUCCGGCUGCUUUCAGUCCAACAUGUUCAGACUCCCAUAUCCCAGGCUACAUAAACCACUCCAAGAUCAAGGACGUUGGUAAAGUCUUCGUUAUCUCCGUUAACGAUCCUUUCGUCAUGUCCGCCUGGGGCUCCUCCCUCACAAAACAAUUCGGCGACUCACCAAUCCGCUUCCUCGCCGACCCAGCCGGAAAGUUCACGCGCGAGAUCGGUCUUGAAUUCGAGUCUGCGGCGAUGCUGGGCACGAACAGAAGUAAGCGAUAUGCGAUCGUGGUUAAGGGUGGGAAGGUCGAGAAGGUUGAGGUUGAACCGGAUAAUGUCGGUGCGGUGGUUAGUGUUGCGGAGAAGAUUCUGGGAUAG